AUGGCCAUCACCGCCUCUGCCAAAUCCAGGGUCCUCGAGCUAAAGGUGAGAGGUCGAAUCCUGGGAAGUGGGCAUCACCCGCCAGAUCUGUUUGUCGGUCAGCUGAACAGCACCCUGCGCUGCACCACCUGCGGUCACAAGUCAACCACCUUUGAGGUCUUCUGCGAUCUGUCACUGCCCAUCCCCAAGCAGAGGCUGUCGAUGACGGGCCGGGUCUCGCUGCUGGAAUGUCUCAGCCUGUUCACCGCCGAAGAGGAGCUGGACACUGACAAUGCACCGAUGUGCGAGAGGUGUAACCAGAGGAAGAGAAGCACCAAGAGACUGACGAUCCAGAGAUUUCCCAAGAUCCUUGUUCUACACCUGAACCGGUUCUCUUUCAGUCGCUACGCGAUCAGAAAGUCCACCGCUCACGUGGAGUUCCCGUUGGACGGGCUGAGUCUGAGGCAGUUCGCCGCCGAUAAAGCAGGGAACCCUGUUUAUGAUCUCUACGCAGUGUGCAACCACACGGGGACUGUGAACGGCGGCCAUUACACAGCCUACUGCAGGUCUGGAGGAAGGUGGCACGUCUACAACGACUCCAGGGUCUCCCUGAUUCAGGAGAAUCAGGUUGUCUCCAGUGAGGCCUACGUACUCUUCUAUCAGUUGGACGAGACGCAGUCAGUUCGGUGAAGGAGUGGGGGCGGCGAGGUGGGGGCAGGCUCCCUGCUUCUGCACCCCCAGGGAUCUAGGUGUUCCACCCGCAUCACCACCUGGUGCAAGGAUACCCCACCACCUCUCUCCCCCAGCCUGCCCUCCCUCCACCGUGGUGGUCUUUUCUCUCUCUCUCUCACCCUCUCGCUCUCUCCCUCUCCCCACUUCUGACCUGUCCUGCCUCCAUGCGGAGACCACUCCUCUUCCCACCCCCCUCGCGGUGACUGGGCCCGGGUGAAGGGAGGGUUUGACUGGAGAGAAUUGCACAUUAAAGUGGAAUCCGU